AUGUCGCCAGCAACAACUCAGGAUGAUCUGUCCGUGGGCGAUGUUUUCAGCCCCCAGGCUGACAUGGGGCCCGCCGGACUGGAGGAUGACUUUCACGCUCGUCAAGAAACCGGUUUCCGCAUGAGUGCCCGCAGUCCGGACCGCAAACCCGGUCCCACGACCGACCUUAAGGAACGCAGUCCCUUUCCCGCCGCGAAACUGGAUGUGAACCCGCUCCCGGGAAAAGGCAACCGGCGCAAGAAGAAGAACAAGAAGCAGGCUCAGACGGAAGCAGCUCCAGCUCUCUCUACCGUUCAUGGAUUCAACCCCAGAGGCUCUGGUGAUUCCGACUCCGACUUCUCAACAACGAGUUCUCGUGCACCUAGCUCGCAGCCGCGACCUCUCGCUGGUAGUAAUGGUAACAGUCCUAUGCUACACGCGGCUUCUGGAGGCGGUAUCAGCGCUCUCCGGCUCCAGCUUGAUUCUAUGAAUCUGUCUGGCAACUCUCCGCGCCGCAAAGCUACUGACAACUUUUGCUCCGCGACACCGAGCAAUGCCAGCGUUUAUUCCGACAGUGACGAGACAGAGAUUCUGACCAGUUACGAAGUGCCCCUGGAACACGACUUUGUCAGCGCCGAUGCUGCUGCAGAUGAAAAGGAACAGGAAGAGCGAUCCCAAAUUCCACUAAACGGCCCCGACGUUCGCAACCAGCUUUGCCGGAAGAUGACUACUGACGACUUCGAGCCCCUGCUCUGCUUGGGUAAAGGGUCUUUUGGAACCGUGCUACUGGUCCGCCACGCCCUCACAGGAAAACUCUACGCUCAAAAGCAGUUCAAGAAGGCGUCGAUUACAGUCCAUAAGAAGCUCGUUGAACAAACCAAGACCGAGCGUAUGAUCCUUGAGAGUGUGAACCGCCACCCCUUCGUCGUCAAGCUCUUCUACGCCUUCCAGGACCACGAAAAGCUCUAUCUAAUCCUCGAAUACGCACAAGGAGGCGAGCUUUUUACUCAUCUCGCAAUGGAAAGGAUGUUUGACGAAGACUCUGCGGCCUUUUACAUGGCUGAGAUGGUCCUCGCCCUGGAACACCUGCACCAGAACGUCGGUGUAGUCUACCGUGAUCUGAAGCCUGAGAACUGUCUCCUUGACCAUGAAGGCCACCUCCUUCUAACUGACUUCGGCCUCAGCAAAAUUUCUGUCGAUGAUGACGACCGCUGCAACUCCUCUCUCGGCACCAUCGAAUAUAUGGCCCCCGAGGUUGUUCAGGGCAAACCUUACGGCAAGGCAUGCGACUGGUGGUCUCUUGGUGCACUGGGUUACGAUCUUCUUACUGGCUCCCCACCAUUCAAGGCGAACAACCAUACCAAGCUACAGGAAAAGAUUGUCAAGCAGAAGCUCGUCCUCCCAUACUAUCUGGGACCAGACGCAAAGGACCUACUUACCCGUCUUCUGCGCAAGGAACCGUCCAAGCGUCUAGGCUACCACAUGCCCAAGGACCUACAGACGAUCAAAUCGCACCGUUUCUUCCGCAAAAUCGACUGGCGCGCCCUGGAACGCCGGGCUUUGGCACCGCCCAUCAUCCCUGUUGUCACUGAUCCAGCUCUUGCAGAGAACUUCUCGGUAGACUUCACUCAGCUCCCUCUGAGUCCGGUGGAAGGUCCUGCGGCGGGGUUCUUUAAUGAGCAUUAUACCCCCCAGCAUCAACACAGCGGGUCGCAUGCGGGCAUGUCUGCAGGCCACGAGGGACUAGAUAGUGACCCAUUUGGCGGUUUCAGCUUCGUUGCUCCGAGUAGCCUUCUGGACCACGGCAGCGGGACUAAUGUGCUGACUGCGGGGUAUUGA